UUCUUUCUUCUCUCCCUAGGCUCCACUCAGUGUUUUCUCCUGUCUGUCAUGGCCUAUGACCACUACUUAGCCAUACACUACCCCUUGAGAUACAGCUCCCUCAUGAGCAGUGUCCUCUCUGCUCAGAGGGCACUCGGCUCCUCACUGGGAGGCUUUCUGUCUGUCUCACUGCUGGCCUUUCUGACAUCCAGGCUGAUGUUCUGUGGGCCACAUGUCAUCAAUCAUUUCCUCUGUGAUAUAGAUUUCUACCUGGCCCUCUCCUGCAGUGACAUGUGGCCCACUGAGCUAGCGACCUUCCUUGUCUGCGUAACUGGCCUGCUGGCCUCCGUGUCUGUCACCCUCUUCUCCUACGUGUACAUCACCUCUUCCAUGCUCAGAAACAUGUCAGCCCAUGGUCAAAAAAAGGUGUUUUCCACUUCCUCCACCCACUUCAGUGUCGUCACAAUCUGGUAUGGCUCCACCAUGCUCCUGUAUGUCAAGCCAUCGGCCCAGAACUCCCUGGAUUUGAACAAACUCAUGAACACCUUUCACACAGCUGUAACUCCUUUGUUAAGUGCCUUCAUUUACACACUCAGGAACAAAGAUGUGAAGCAAGCUCUGUGGUGGGCCUUCCAGAGCAAGUGA